AUGUCUCCAGUCAUUCCGAUGGCCGCCGCUUGGCGCAUGCAGGGGGGCGGGCAGCUGCUCAUUACCAGGCCCCGACACCAAGCCACCCGUCCAAGGCGUGCUGCCGCAGGACGGUGUUGCUCGCACCUGGAGACCGGAAUUGACCUUGGCAGGCCCAGAACAUUUGGGCAGGGAAUAAAAUCAUAAAAAAAAAAAAAAAAACAAGAGGAAGAAAAACCAGGGGGCUCAGGUUGGGGUAAGGUGGAGGCGUUCUUGGCUUGGAGGAAGGCAACCUCAUCAUAAACGGGCCGAUGCAAGGG